AUUUGGAUCUUGUCGUUUUGGAAGACUGCUGGGCUACGCUCAAUGCGACUUGGCUAAAGAGGAAAAGAGAAAGCUGUAUGUCUCAAUAGACGAUCUUUGUGCGUCUUGCCUUUGGGUUCGUCCACAGGACAGGAAGCAGGCCGACGGGUCGUGAAGAUGGAGCUCGGUCCAGUCUCUGCUGCUUAUUUAGAAGACAUAUGACAGCUUCAGUGUCACCGUAUGGGUUUAGCUCUCCAGAUGCAUGAUGCGCCUGUGGACGGGGAUCAGGUAUGACUCGGAUGCUUGUAGCCGGCCGCUGCUAGCUUAGCUCCUGCUCUCCCUGCUUGUCUUGCUGCAGCCGGCGUUGCGGGCUCAGUUGAUCCGCCGCAGCGACACACAGACCCCGGUUGGAAGAUGGCGAGGCCUUGAAUGUCAGAUUGGGGACGGUGUGCUCGGUCAAUAAAUUCAGACAUGUCCUCGCAGCUCCAGGGGUUCUCCUCCCCCUCUGUUUCCUCCAGUGCCUACUCUCGGCCAAAGAGGCUGAAAGUGGAGAACCCUACCUGGGAUGUCUCCAACCCGUUGGCGGAUAGCGGCUACUUUCAGCAAAGCCCCUCCCAGGGAGCUGUCCCCUCUACCUCCGGCUCCAACUUCGACCUGGUGUACAACUCCAGCCAGGUUCAUCCUCCUACAGCCGGCUCCAGGGAGCAGACGGUGGUGCGGGCUGCAGACAGCACAGGAAGCGUUCGUGGGCCUGCUUCCCCCUCUUCUUCCUCCACCUCCUCCAGCCACCACAUCAAGGAUGCAGGAUCCUCCUCCCAACACUGCGAGCUUUACCAAAAGCAAUACAGCCUGAAGAGGAAGAGCGAGGAGGUGGACAGCAGCGACAGCGUCCAGAUACUGGAGGAGCUUUCGGCCCCUGUGGUGUCGAACCGUGCCGGUGGUGGAGGAGGAACCACUACAGCUCAGUCCAUAGCACACUCCACCUCCACCACCAAAAGCAGCAACUCUCAUAGUGAAGGCGACUACCAGCUGGUCCAGCAUGAGAUCCUGUGCUCCAUGUCCAACAGUUAUGAGGUGCUUGAAUUUCUUGGGCGGGGCACCUUCGGGCAGGUGGCAAAAUGCUGGAAACGUGGCACAAAUGAGAUAGUGGCCAUUAAAAUACUCAAGAACCAUCCUUCUUAUGCACGACAGGGCCAAAUCGAGGUGAGCAUCCUCAGCAGGUUGAGCACAGAGAACGCCGAUGAGUUCAACUUUGUCCGCUCAUAUGAGUGUUUCCAACACAAGAACCACACGUGCCUGGUGUUUGAGAUGUUGGAGCAGAACCUCUACGACUUCCUGAAGCACAGCAAGUUCAGCCCUCUGAUGCUCAAGUGCAUCCGGCCCAUCCUGCAGCAGGUGGCCACGGCGCUAAUGAAGCUGAAGAGCCUGGGGCUGAUCCACGCCGACCUGAAGCCUGAGAACAUCAUGCUAGUGGACCCUCUGAGGCAGCCAUACAGGGUGAAGGUGAUUGACUUCGGCUCUGCCAGCCACGUGUCCAAAGCGGUGUGCUCCACCUACCUGCAGUCCAGAUAUUACAGAGCUCCAGAGAUUAUCCUUGGCCUCCCUUUCUGUGAAGCGAUCGACAUGUGGUCUUUGGGGUGUGUCAUCGCCGAGCUUUUCCUGGGAUGGCCCCUUUAUCCUGGUGCAUCAGAGUACGACCAGAUUCGGUAUAUUUCCCAGACACAGGGUCUUCCAGCAGAGUACCUGCUAAGUGCAGGAACCAAGACGAGCCGCUUUUUCAACCGAGGCCCCGACUCGAGCUACCCUCUCUGGAGACUCAAAACACCUGCAGAGCAUGAGGCAGAGAUGGGCAUCAAGUCGAAGGAGGCAAGAAAAUACAUCUUCAACUGUCUGGAUGACAUGAUGCAGGUGAACAUGACCAGCCUGGAGGGCACGGACAUCCUGGCAGAGAAGGCCGACAGACGGGAGUUCAUUGACCUGCUGAAGAAGAUGCUUACUCUCGACGCCGACAAGAGGAUCACACCCAUGAAGACGCUGAACCAUCCUUUUGUUACCAUGACACACCUGCUGCACUUCCCCCACAGCUCACACGUGAAGUCCUGUUUCCAAAACAUGGAAAUAUGCAAACGCAGAUGCAGCGCAUUUGAGAACGGGAAGAACAUGUUUGCCAGCAGCACCACUCCAAGCGCAGCCACCAACCUCACGGUCACAUUCAGCAGCCAGCUGAACCAACACAAUCAGAUGGCAUCCACAGGAGGCCAGUCGCUGUCCCUCAGCAGCAAUGUCCCGCUGAUCAACUAUCAGCCGGGCCUCUACCAGCAGGCCACCAUCAACAUCCCGGGCCUGACCCAGCAGAGUGUUCCUCUGCAGACCAGACCGACUCAGCUGUGUGCCCAGACCGAGCCCUUCCAGCAAACGCUCAUCGUCUGCCCUCCAACCAUCCAGAGUCUCCAAACCACCAGUAAGCCUUCUGGUUACCCAGUGAGAAUGGACAACUCUGUACCCUUAGUCACUCAAAACCAGUCCUCCCAGUCUCUUCACCUCCAGCCAAGCAUGCUGACACAGCAGGGAUGGCCAGCAGGGACACAGCAGAUCUUCAUACCUUCCACAUGGCAGCAGAUGCCCGGCAUGUCCAUCCACAACCCGGGCCAGGCUGUGGUCCCUGACUCGCACGUGGGAGCUCCAGUGUCUGACAGCCAACAGGCUCCUGGAUGGAGGGGUUGUCAUGGCAACCAGUACAACGGAGUUAGCCAACAGGACUCCACCGUCAGCCGCCUUGCCGGCGUGCAGAACCACAGCUCUGGGGCUGCUCACGCAAGAUCCCAACAAGCCAAGAGACCGAAAGUCCGACAUGCGGAAAGCAGAGCCAGGCUGCAUUUGGCUUCCACUGUUGUCCACAGCACUUCUUUCCUCGGAGACCAGUCUCAGCCGAUAGUCAUCUCUGACACGCCAAGUCCCGCCGUCAGCAUCAUCACCAUCCACAGCGACUCGGAGGACGAGGGUGAGACGAAGGUCAUGGCUGCCUGCUCUGGUGCGAGCCAGAGAACAAACGUGAUCAGCUGCGUGACGGUGCACGACUCCCACGACUCCGACUCUUCUGGCAGCAGCAGCCCUCUGAGCCCUGAGACCAGUUCACAGCCCUCACAGUCUCUGGCCAUCAUCCUGCCCUCAGUGAAGAUUCAGCCCAGGGAGAGCACAACCACCAAGCCAGUGGCAGCUUCAGAUCAAGCUGCAGGAGGCUCCGGAAAGUCCAAGAAGGCAUCCGCCCAGCUGUCGUGUCGGUCAGGAGAUUCCACCGCCGAUCGUCAGCCACGUGCGGCGUCCAGCAGAUCUCAGCCUCUUAACCUCAGUCAGGUGCAUCAGUCCGUGAUGCCGUCCUCAUACAGUCAUACUGGAAGUGGCGACUCCCUACGGCGCCAGCCCACCUACCCUCCACCCGUUUCCUCUCAUUCGUCCUACCGCCUUCAAGACGGCGCUCUCUUCAGCUCGGCCCCAAACCUGUACACCUAUCCAGCCUCUGCCGCCCUGGCCUCAGUGUCCCAGGCAGUGGACCAGAUGCAGGGCGGCAGGCCAAGCGGAGCUUACUCCUCCCUGGCCCUGCUGCAGAAGAACGCCGGCUUAGCCUUCGGAGGGUCUGCAGCCGGACAGUACAGCAACCCACAGCCACAACCUUUCCAACGUUCCAGUGCCGCUUAUCAGAGGAAACUCAACCAGUAUCCCCCUUACCUGUGAUGGCUAAGAUAGCAGCAUUGUCCCUCACCCAAACUGAGGCUGCAGACGAGCACAGACCUUGUUUUGUUUCCUCACAUUGAGUGGCUUUCUGCUCCCAGAAAGUGUGUUUAUUUUAAUCUGCUCCACUUAGUUUCUGCUGCAUCACUGUGACGAGCAGCGCAGCCCAUCUGGUGAAAGUCAGUCUGUCUUAAAUGGAAACAUUUUAUUGAAAGAGCUGUAUUGUAGAGAAACCGAAACUUGUGGUGCUUUUCAUUUUUAAACUUUUAAUUUUGACAGAAUUGUCAAGUUUUACAUUUACAAACUCAACUGCCUUCUCUUUAUUUAAACAUGUAACGUCUGCACAUUGUGGUAAGUUGGAUUAAUAUGUUCGAAUAAUGAAUGUAGUGUGUUUGUAUUUUAACUUUCCUCUAUAACAAAACGUUAACGUACUGUGCUGUGUACUGAUGUGUCAGUGCUUUUAUGUGACGGAGUAUAGAUCGAAUCAAAGGUUCAGUGAGUUGAAGGAUGCAGGGUGUUUUGGUGUAAAGUUGGAUGCAGUCAGGACUUUUUUCAGUUUGAAACGACCCAUAAAGACUACAUGCGUCUGCCAUGGAGUAGACUUCAGCAGAGGUUUGUAACUGGUUCUUCAGACAGAUUAGGAGAUUUAUACAACACAAGUGUUCAUUUUAUUGGAGAUUGUACAAGUUUGUCUUGUGAAGUGGUGUCUGUGAAGUAAAACGUCCACCAAAUGUUCAAUAAGGUAUGUCUGUGUGGGAACAGAUUUCUGCAUUUCAUUUGAAGCAAAUCUGACAAAGAUAAUUAAAGAGAUAAAUUAAUGUUCAGUAUGUUGCUGCUUUGAAGCAAAUCAGUUUGUUAAUGUGAUGGCUGUUCCUACAUCUUGCUGUGUUAAGUGCAACAUCAGAGAGAACACAGUGAUGCUGGACCUAUAUGUAUGCAAUAAAAUCUCAAACAUUCA